AACGCUUCUCAAUCUUCCAUCGAGCAUCUUCCUCAAGAUCCAUUGAUCGCUCGAUCUUCACCGUCCCGUCCCACGGGCGCAAAUUUGUAGCGAAAGAGGAUCUUCGCAGCUGGGACGGCGCUGUUUGUUUCUUUGGUAGCGGUGGUGACCGCUGUGGAGCUAUGGUUUGCUCGUCCUCCUCGAUCUGCAACUGCCCGGAGUUUGCCGCCGCCGAUUGGGACUUUCCGGCGCCAUUGGAGAUGUUUUUGGGGGUUAAAGGCGGUUCAUUGCCUUCUUCGUCCAUUUUUUUCGAUCGAGAGGGAUAUCGACGAGAGAGGUGGCUGCAGCGGCGGCGGGGAUGGAGGCGGUGGAGAGUGAGGGUAGAGAAGGUCUGAUGUAAGGGUAGGAUGCUCUGAACAAAGUUUUUUCUGCAAGAAAAUCAUAUCGACGUAUUACUGUGGUAAAUCAAAAUCCUUUACCAGUCUACCUGAUGCAGCAUCAUGCUCUUCCAUUAAAGAAAUCACUAUACCAGGAAAUGAAUACACUAGAAAAUGCAACAACUUUCUGGCUUAUAUAAGACUAGAAUCCCAAUAUGUCGAGAAGCUAUAAUGGUGGCAUUUCAGAAGGGCGUACAAAGACUUGAAGUAUGCCCUGUCUCAUGGCAUACUCAGUUACCCACAACAUUUCUACCUCUAUUUCAUUCUCAUAGUUGCAGAUGCAGCUUUCCUCCUUUUCGCCACUUGCGCGAUGAUCCAUGCACUCCCUUGGUUGGGAGUGCUGGUGACUGCUUAACUCCUUGAAGAUAUGGAAGGGUGUAUGAUGAAGCUGUCAUUUCACUAUCUUAUAUUGCUCCUUAAGGAUUUGAAGUUUCUGAGGUGUGCUAAUCAUCAUGGACGGAUUUGUGGAAAAGGCAACUACUGAGGAACUGAAGAUGUUCUACGGACUCGACCGCGAACUUUACACGAUCCUAGUAAGUGAGCUCUGCCGUAAUCCUCUGGAGUCCCUGCAGAUCAUGGGGCUGUGGCUCUGGUUGGAGCGCUUAGGCAUUUGCAAUGUCAUAAGCAAGAUCUUGGCCAUGACUCCUGCCCUAAUCAACCUGCUCGCCGACGAGGCCGUGACGUGCCUCGACUAUAUUAGCAGCCCCUCCCACACCCAGCCCCCUUCUGGGUCGAACAACCGGACGUUCGGCCAGAUAAGCGCCCUUUUGGACCGGAGCAUAACUCACCAGUUCUUUCACACGCAUCAGAACAUUAUCGUCAAGGAAAUGCAGAAGCUGUUGAAUGAUAUUUACAUUCCUGUUUUAUCUGACAUAAUGGACUUUGCUCGCAGUGGCGGUUUCGCCGCUGCAAGCUCGUCGCAGCCCGCGAGGAGGAACCAAAGUGGGUUGUCGUCGCACGCCCCGGCUUACCAGCCGAGAGCACCCGCCCCUGCCCCCCCCGCCGCCGCUUAUGUCGAUCCGUUGAGUCUAAACUUUGCAGGGCUGAGCAUUCAGGGGAGUCCGAUGGUCCGGGCCCCCGCCCUCAACUCGGUCCAGACAACGGCCCGACCGACGACGGUGACUGUCCGCGCCCCGAACCCCAACCCCAACCCCGCCAGGGGUUACGGGAACGAGCCGCCGUCGGAGUACUCGCGGACGAUGUUUGCGACGUUCUCGAAGGGGUACCCGGUGACGGAAGGGGAGGUGAGGCACUUCUUCACGACGUUGCUGGGGGAGUGCAUCGACUCGCUGCACAUGCAGGAGGUGCGGGGGGAGGAGCAGCCGCUGUACGCGCGGAUCGUGUUUCUGCACCCGGGAUUCAUCCAGUCGAUCCUGAACGGGCAGAGCAAGGCGAAGUUCACGAUCAACGGGAAGCACGUCUGGAUGCGGCGGUUCGUCCCGAGGAACGGCCGGAUCCUGCCCCCCUGUGGAUGCCCCCCCCACAUCUGCCCCCACCAGCCCCAGCCCCAGCCCUUCUAUUAUUGAUCCAUCCAUCCAUCUAUCUAUCCAUCUAAGCUGUGUUUUGUAGUAUUUUGCUGUUGUUGUUGGUAAAUUUGAAUGAAUGAAUGAAUGAUGUGUUGGGAGAGUUUAGUGAAUGAGUGUUCAGAGGAGGUGUGAAUUGUGUGUAAAUGCUGUUCAUCAUCUUCAAUUCUGAAUCACAAUUAAUUCUCAAAUUUGCCUGUUUAAUUCCAUAAUUGGAAGAAGCAAAUGGACUGAAUAUGCAUAUGUGAUUUGGUCU